CUGUUUGACCGGGAGCUGUGCAUCAAACAGCUGCGCUAUUCGGGGAUGAUGGAGACCAUUAAGAUCAGGAAAUCUGGGUACCCGAUUCGCUACACCUUUGAGGAGUUCUUUGAGAGAUACAGAGUUCUCCUGCCAUGGUCUCUUCGUCUACAGCUGAAGAAUGAUGCUCAACAGAGCUGUAUCAAGAUCUCUGAAGCAGUGCUGGGCAAGGAUGAUAGCUGGCAACUUGGGAAGACCAAGAUUUUCCUUAAAGAUCAUCAUGACACAGUAUUGGAACUGCAACGUGAAAAUGUGCUCAGAGAUAAGGUUCUUCUUAUCCAGAAGGUGAUGAGAGGACUGAAGGACAGGAAGCAGUUCCUGAAGCAGAGGAAGGCUGCUGUAGCCAUUCAGUCAGCCUGGAGAGGCUAUUGCUGCCGGAAGGACUUCAGAGUGGUGGUGCUGGGCUUCGGGCGCCUGCAGGCUCUGUACCGCAGCCGGCAGCUGGCACAGCAGUACGAGGCCACCCGGGCUCGGCUCAUCAGGCUCCAAGCCGCGUGCCGCGGGUACCUGGUGCGCCAGAAGGUGACAGAGCAGAAAAAAGCUGCCCGUCUCAUCCAGGCACACACAAGGGGCAUGCUGGCUCGCCAGGCCUACCAGAGGAUGAAGGGGGAGGAACACCUGGCAGCUCAGGAGGCAGAGGAGGCAGAAGCAAGUCAAAGGAGGAAUGUGCUUGACAAUAAACCAACAAAUCAAGAAGUUAUCAGUGACCAGGACAUGGUGGACAAAAUUUUUGGGUUUUUACCUUCGAUGAUUGGAGGCCAAGAAGGACAGGCUCCUCUGGGGUUUGAGGACCUGGAAACAAAGCCUAACAAGCUGGAGGAGGUAGACCUGGACAUGGUUCCCAUGAGCGUGGAGCUAGAAGAAGAAGCAGAUGGCUUGGAAGAGUACACCUUCCCCAAGUUUGCAGCUACUUAUUUCCAGGGAUCUUCUACACAUACACAUAUCCGGAGACAGCUGCGGCACCCACUGCUCUACCAUGACGACAAGGACAAUGUCCUGGCUUCUCUGGUUGUGUGGGUAAUCAUCCUGAGGUUCAUGGGGGACCUGCCAGAGCCAGCGAUGUUUGCCAAGAACACUGCCACCAAGAGCAGCUCUGUGAUGACACAGAUCUAUGACACACUUGGCAGGAAAAACCAGGUCCAGUUCAGGAAUGACAGUCCAGAUAUGAGAGAAGCCAGAAGGGAUAUCAAGAUUUCAAAGGGGAUCUCUUCCCUGAAGCUGAAACGGUCAUCCAAGCUGACAGGGAAGGUGACAGCCCAGCUGCGAAGUGGAGAAGAGGCUUUCCAAGAGGACACCUCAAUCUCUGAGAGACCCAUGUCCAACCUAGAAAAAGUGCACUUCAUUAUUGGCAAUGCGAUUCUGCGUCCUGCCAUCAGAGAUGAGAUCUAUUGCCAGAUUUGCAAACAACUCACUGAGAACAGCAACAGGAGCAGCUAUGCUCGCGGCUGGAUCCUGCUGUCACUUUGCCUUGGCUGCUUCCCUCCUUCAGACACAUUUGUGAAGUACCUGUUGAAUUUCAUCCACCAUGGGCCUGCAGGCUACGCACCGUACUGCGCCGAGCGGCUGAGACGGACCUACCUCAACGGAGCACGCACUGAGCCCCCGAGCUGGCUGGAGCUUCAGGCAACGAAGCAGAAGAAACCUAUUGUGUUUAAUGUCACCCUGAUGAAUGGCCAAAGCAUCACUGUCCCUGCAGACUCUGCUUCCACUGCCAAAGAGAUCUGUCAGUUCAUAGCAGACAAAACCAAACUGAAGGAUGCAUUUGGUUUUUCACUCUACAUUGCCGUGUUCGAUAAGGUGUGGUCUCUGGGCGGGGGCCGCGAUCACGUCCUGGACGCCAUCUCCCAGUGUGAGCAGCUGGUGAAGGAGAGGGGCACACACGAGCGCCACGCGCCCUGGCGCCUCUACUUCCGCAAGGAAAUCUUCACCCCCUGGCACAACUCCCAGGAGGAUCCUAUCAGCACUGAUCUCAUCUACCACCAAGUCAUCCGCGGCGUGCGGUUUGGAGAGUAUCGCUGUGAGAAGGAGGAGGAUUUGGUGGAGAUAGGUGCAAAAUAUUGUUAUAUCCAAUUUGGAGAUUCCAUCCGCAAUGAACUUGUGCAGAAGGUGCUCCAUGACUGUAUCCCAGUGAAACAGCUGAAGUCCAAGCCCCUGGAAAAGUGGGUGAGCCUUAUAACCUAUGCACAUGCUAAGGCCCCAUACACACAGGACCAUCUCUCCUCCCAGACUGUGAAGGAACAAAUUGUAGAUUUUGCUCGUUUUCAGUGGCCUUUGCUUUUUUCCCGAUUCUUUGAAGUCACAAAGUUUUCAGGGCCCAGCUUGCCUAAGAACCACUUCAUUGUUGCUGUAAACUGGAAAGGCAUCUGCUUCUUGGAUGAGUCGGAAAAGCGGCUCCUUGAGCUGACCUUUCCAGAGAUAACUGGCAUCCACACCAACAGGGCAGUGAAGUCCUUUGGACAGAGCUGCACUCUCAUUACACUUCGUGCUGAGGAGUUUGUCCUGACUUCAGUAAACAGUGUUGUCAUUGCUGAGCUGGUGGUCAUGUUCCUGGAAGGACUGAAGAAAAGGUCACGAUUUGCUGUGGCAAUGCACGAGAGAAAAUCCCAAGAAGACCCUGGCAUCCUGUCCUUCAAGAAGGGAGACUUGCUAAUCUUCACCGAAGACAAAAGGCUGGAUGCAGACUCUGGCUGGAUCUCUGCCCAGAAUGAAAGGACAAGCAAAACAGGGAAUGUAUUUUUGGAAGACAUCUACAUCAUUCCUUCUCUCACAAAACCCUCUAGUCAAGUGCUGAGUUUGCUGAUGAUGUCUCCAGACCAGAGGAGGACAGCAUCACAGAACUCAUUCAUGGAGGAACCUGAAGAAGAGGAUGUGAAAGUGAAGCCUUACACCCUGGAGGAGUUCUCCUAUGAACACUUCAGGACUCCUGAGAAGGAAUCCAUCAGCAAAGCUGUUCUCCAGAAAUCCCGUGGGCGCAGUCAACUGUGGGCACACUCUAAGGAGCCCUUGAAACAGCCAUUGCUGAAGAGAGCAUGCACAGACCCUGACCUUCGGGAUUUGGCCUGUCAGGCCUUCAUUGCCAUCAUGAAAUUCAUGGGAGACUAUCCCUCGAAACAGGCACACUCCUCUGUGGAAGUCACUGACCAGAUAUUUGUAGCAGCUAUCCAGGAGGAGAUCCUGCGGGAUGAGAUUUACUGUCAGAUUAUGAAGCAACUGACUGAGAACAGAAACAGGUACAGUGUGACCAAGGGUUGGCAGCUACUUUGGCUCUGCACUGGCCUCUUCCCACCCAGCAAGACACUGCUCAAACAUGCCCAGAAAUUCAUAGAGACACGUCAGAAAGAAACCCUGGCCCUGGCGUGCCGUCGGAGGAUCCAGACAGUGAUGAGGAGUGGCUGCAGGAAGUGGGCACCUCAUCCUGUGGAGGUUGAGGCCAUCCUACAGAACAACACUAAGAUCUCACACAAGAUUUGCUUCCCCAAUGAAACAACACAGACAUUCGAUGUGGGAACAAACACCAAAAUCCGCUCUGUGUGUCAGAACAUUGCUUCCAAAUUGCAGCUGAGCUCCUGGGAAGGUUUCAGCCUCUUUGUGAAGAUUGCAGACAAGGUUAUCAGUCAGAAUGAAGCAGACUACUUCUUUGACUCCCUGAGGCAGGUGACAGACUGGAACAGGAAGAACAAACCAGGGAAAGAUGGGGCUGCCAUGUCUGUGACAUAUGAGGUGUACUUCAUGAGAAAGCUGUGGCUGAAUGUCACUCCUGGGAAGGACCUGAAAGCUGACACCAUUUUUCAUUACCACCAGGAGCUGCCAAAGUACCUCAGAGGCUACCACAAGUGUUCUAAGGAAGACGCUGUCCAGCUGGCAGGGCUGAUUUACAAAGUGCACUUCAACACCGACCGCACACACCUGGCAACCAUUCCCAAAAUCCUGAAGGAGCUGGUGCCAGACAACCUGCUUCGAGCAGCCUCAGCAGAUGAGUGGAAGAAGAGCAUUACUGCAGCAUACAGUAAACAUGAAGGAAAAACUGUGGAUGAGGCCAAGAUUGCCUUCUUGAAAAUGAUCCACCGGUGGCCAACAUUUGGAUCAGCCUUCUUUGAGGUGAAGCAAGCCUCAGAGCCAAACUUCCCAGAGAUCGUGCUGAUUGCAAUCAACAAGCAAGGGGUCUCACUGAUACAUCAGAAAACAAAGGAUAUUUUAGCAGUCUACCCUUUCAAUAAGAUCUCCAACUGGAGCAGUGGGAGCACCUACUUUCACAUGACAAUAGGGAACCUGGUACGAGGAAACCGGCUCUUAUGUGAGACAUCUCUGGGUUACAAAAUGGAUGACCUGCUAACAUCCUAUGUCCGCCUGCUCAUGAACGCUGUAAACAAGCAAAAGACCCUCCCAGCCUGA